AUGUACAACCUGAAGUCUAUCAAAAUGGAUUUGACUGAGUUUGAGGCUUUUGACACAUAUGCUUGUAAGGUUUCUCCAAAGAGUACUGUGCAAAAACUUGUGAAAGAGCUAUUGUUGUACGCAAGUACAGACCUGGAAAGAGUCCGAGCAAUAUGGAUCUGGAUUUGUUGUCACAUUGAUAUUCAGUGUUACUCCAUUGCUGAAACCGCCAAUGUCAAAAUCAUGGGUAUUAUCACUGACCAGCCAUUAAAUUACUGUGACUGUCAGAAGCUGGGAAUUCUGUGUCUUGCAGGUAUACAGUGUACUACAAUUGAAGGAUACUCCAAAGGCUACAACUAUGAUGUUGGGAAGACAUUCACAGGAGAAGAUGACCAUGCAUGGAAUGCUGUGUUUUUGGAUGGGAAGUGGCACCUUCUGGAUAGUACUUGGGGGGCAGGCCACGUUAAUGAGACUUGCACCAAGUUUACUUUCAAGUAUGUUGAAUUUUAUUUCUUUACUCAUCCUACCCUCUUCAUCAAUAAUCAUUUCCCCAAUGAUGAAAAGUGGCAGCUCAUUUCUCCAAAGAUUUCCCUCAAAAUAUUUGAAAAUAUGGUCUUUAGGACAGGAGAGUUCUAUGAUAUUGGUUUGACAUACAUCCAUCCCGAAGUACAGGUGGUGUCCACAGUGAAUGGAAGAGUUAUUAUCAAUGUGGAGGGCUUAUAUCCUACGUACUUCAUGUUCAAUCUGGACGGGAAAAAGGACUGCGGCAUCUUAACCAUAACUAAGUAUGGCAUGAAGCUUGAGGUUCUUCCACAAACGGCUGGAGAAUUCAGGUUAAAGAUUUAUGCCAAACUAUUUAAUUCUAAAGAGGAGACUUUUUCCUUUAUAUGUGCAUAUUUGGUUAAAUGUGAUUUUAUUGAUGAAAACUUCAAGCUACCAAAGAUAUUUCACAAUCCUUUGGGGCCCAGCUGGAUUACUGAGAACCAGGGUCUUAUGAAGCCCUCACACCCUGAACCCAUUAUUUACUGUGAUGAUGGCAAGUGUAAAAUAAGGUUCAUGCUGAACAGAGAUCUCACGUUCACCAGCAAGUUGUCCUGUGAUGACGUCACAUUGUCAGAUGAGGUCAUGAGAAAUCAUGUCUUCAAAACUCAGCAAGGUAACUGGGUGGAAUUCCAGAUCCACCUUCCUGCAGCCGGUCUUUAUGUUUUUACCAUCUUUGCCAAGGAGAAGGCAAAACACAAUCCAGCACAUGAUCACGUGUGUGAAUACUUCAUUUCAUGUCGUGGUAAGAAUGUCCACUGGCCAAGUUUCCCUAAAAUUUUCAGCUCUUGGACUGACGGAUGUGAAUUAAUCGAGCCGCUCUCUGGAAUUCUGCCACGCAACGAGAUGGUGACAUUCAAGCUCAAAAUCCCCCAUGUGAGAAAGGUCCAGGUUUAUGGCAAAACUCCCUGUCCACUGACUAUGAACAAGGACGGCUACUGGGAAGGAAGGUGUUACACACAAGACUCCAAGUACCUCAGUGUUGGAGUUUCAGACAAAAUGUUUGACACAAAAUUUACAUUUGCCCUUCAAUACGAGAUAGAAGACUCAUAG